AACAGUUGCAGUUCGACAUUGUCCACAAAAGCAACGAAAUCAUGCUCGUGAAAAUUUCUUCCCAAACUUUUCUUUUAGGAUUCCUGGUAGCCUCAAUUAUAGCUUACUCUGAUAAGAUGGAUUGUGGGAUAGAAUCCAAAACUAGUGUGCGCAACGGGACGGUGAUCAAAAACGGAGAUCUGCUCACUUCUGACGGAAGAAUUUACAAAAACGGCACAUUCUGGUACGAAUACAACUGGUGGUGGAUCUGUCCGUGCCUGAUGCCUGGACCUUGUAUAAGGACAUGUGCUAAGGCCCCAAGAAACGAAACACUAUUAAUCGAGAUUUGGGAUGGCAUUAACUCUACAUCAGUUGGCCUUACGGAUCAUUUCAAUGUUGUUUAUGAUGCAUUUUGUCUCGACAAGACAGCUCUUGUUGGACCAGAAGCUAAUAAUUCCUACGAAUUUUUAUCUAAUGGUACCUUAGUGAUACUCAACGAUGGCUCCAAUGCAUCAUUCCACCCUGAAAUUUACUGUGUUGAUUUCACGGAGGAACUUCAAUUGACUGCAUAUGAAUGCUAUGACUUCCGAAAUGAAGAGAAAGAUAUUUGGAUCGAUGUUAUUCUUGUUACAAACAUGUUUUUCACAGUCCUAGCGUUUUUAGCAUAUCAAUUUUUGCCUGAAACAAAAACAUUGCACACCCAGACAAUUUGUGGCUACACAUCAAGCUACUUCGUUUUCUCCCUGACCCUUAUUUUCUAUUAUCACAACGAAUUUUCAGAAGUUUUCGUCUACAUUAUCCAGCUUAUUUCCCCGUGUGCAAUGCUUGCAUCAUUUUUAUGGGUCACUGUGAUGUGUUUCGAUAUUUACACUACUUUCAGGUCAUUCAAGCCAAAAAAAUGCAGCAUUAAAUUUUGGCAAGCAUCUGCCUUCGCAUGGGGAAGCCCAGUAGUGGCAUAUGCCUCCUGUAUUUUGUGGAAUUUUCUCUCAUUGGUAUUAACGUCGGAAGCCGAAAGAGCCACAAGGUUAAAUGUUCUAGAUCAAACAUUUGAAGACACUCUGCCAGUCUUUGUUUUCGUCAUAGGAGCAACAAUUUUGAUCAACGUAGGUUUGCUUUUAUCGACCAGCUUCAAUGUAUUUAAAGCUAUAUUGGAGGGCAUGAGGAACUUGCAAACCAGCGAAAGCAGAAUUCAGUCUUCGGAAAAUGACGUCAAGCAGUUUCUAUUGGUAUUCAUUAAGUUGUUCAUUUUAAUGGGUGGUGACUUUGCUCUUGUUAUGGUGGCAAUUAUUUUACAAUAUCAAACCCUGAACCAAGUUCUUGUAACUAUUGUAAGUUGUCGAGGACUUUUGCUGUUUAUAUUGUGUAUGAAAUCUAACAGUAUCACUCAAAGUCCCUCCUGGAAAGCUUUCAAGGAUUGCUUGAGUCGGAAACCGCAGACAUAAUUUUUGUAUUUUAUUUUUUCAUCAUUUACACUAAUAAUCGAGGAUAUUUGUGGGAUGGUAUGGUUACUAUGGGUUUCUCAAAAUUGAACAAAUUGAAACAGUUGGCGCCCAAUAACAUAACAAAAUAUGGAAUUAGACUUGUACACGCCACAUCUAUUUUAAUUGGUUUGGCUGCUAGACUGAAAAAAGUAUGAAGAUAUAAACGGACUGGUCCUCGUUAGUUGUUGGUUUCAGUUUUGAGACUUUUAUUGUUCUACUCGACAUGUUUCAGCUCCAACUGGCGCCAUAAUCACGAGAUUGUAUAUUAGUAAACAUUGUCAUGAAAUAUUGUAAUGUAUAUGUGACAUGUUUAAAAAAUUGUCAAAAUAAGAAAUUAAAUGCAGCUUCCUCAGAGUAAAGAGAGCUGUUUUCCAUGUUUUUACAGAAAAGGUCCUGUUUUACUAGUUUCGCCUAUAUACUGCUACUGGCUACAGCCUUAAUUCUCAUGAGCUAGAAUGGGAACAUGAGUUUCAAUUCGAGUUUAUUUAGAAAGUGUUUGUAGAGAAAUAUGAAAAAUAAAUAGCUUGCGCUUCACACAGAGGAAGCAGCAUUAAAAAUCGUCAGACAAUUAUGACAAACUCGCGUGCUCUAGCCUUCAUUGGCAUCUACCAAGAAUAUGUUAAUAAAAAAGGUGUUUGGUAACCUGAGUGAAUUAACAAAUUGUUGGCCAUAGAUAAUAAGUUUUAAAUUAUCUUGAUUAUAUUAAUGCAGUACAAUAUUCCGAGUUUGUGUCAAAUAUGAUCAAUGUAGGUUUUUUGCUUCUAUUUUUGCACCAGUUGUCAAAGAAGAGUGUUCCAUCACAGCUAUUUAAAUUAUUGCUAUAAUCCCCAGCACAUAACAUGUGACAAGUAGUUUAAUUAAUGGAUGGUAUUAAAAAAUAAUGUUAAUAAAAGCCAAUCCAAAUUUC